AUCAGUGGUCGCGUUCGUACACAGUACUAGACCAAGAAUCGCAAAACACCACACCAACUAUGUGACCCUCAGAAGUACAGAAGAACUAUGGCGUCUGCGUAUCUUCAAACCGCCGUCUCGGUGGUCGGGGACACGCUGCUGCCGCGGAAGCUGGCCCAGAAGCUGCCGCACAAUGUCAAGAAGCGGGAGGCGCUGCAGGAGGUGCAGCGGGAGCGGCGGCUGGCCCGGAGCGAGGCGAUGAUCGAACUGGCGCGCCGGUGGAUCGUGCGGAAGCACUCGGACAUACUCGCGGGCGCCAUCGCCUUCGUGCCCUGGAUCGUGCAGCAGGCGCAUUCGAAGGGGGAACUCGGCCACAACGUGGUGGUGCACAAGGGCGUCGGAGCCGUUGUGUUUUCCGACGCCAGCGGGUUCACCGCGCUCACGGAAAAGCUGGCGCAGAAAAGUGCUGACGAGACGGAUUUUGAAUUGAAUUUUAGCACUUUUUUCAUCUGUACGGUUGUUAAUGCCGGCGUUGUAGUACCAGUACCUCUACCUACAAAAGAUUUACACCUUCUGCUGCGGUGGAUUGAUAAUUCAUUGAGUUCUUUCGUCGAGAACGUAACGUUUAGCUUCACGACGUACGUCUACGCUUCAUCCGGCUACUUAGAAGUCCUCAGAUGUAGUUGCACCAUCUGAAACACAACCGACUAUUUAGGUAACGGCGCGGAGCUCUUAUCGCAGUGUUUGACCGCGUUUUUCACGCCGCUGAUUGACAUCAUUUCCAGCUACCGCGGGGACGUGAUCAAGUUUUCGGGUGACGCGCUGACCAUCUAUUUCCCGGCCGACAACGACCCCGACCUGGACGACAACCUGCCCCCCUGCGGCACCUACGGCUGCAAGGGCCACUGUCCGGAGGAGCUCGCCACCCUGAGGGCUUCGGCCUGCUGCAUCGAGAUCCACCGCCGCCUGCACAUGUUCGACACGGGCGUGGACGGGGUGAAGCUCUGCCUCCACAUCGGCGUCGGAUUUGGGGACGUGACCAUCUUGCAAGUGGGCGGGUUGGUCCCGCCCGAAACCACGGUGGAGCGGUACGAGUACGUGAUCUGCGGCCCGCCGAUGGAACAGAUCUCCAUCGCGGAGCCGCUGGCCAGCAACGGCGAGACGUGUCUCUCGCCGGAAGCGUGGAAUUUGGUCGCGCACACCUUUGAGGGGACCCCGGUCGAGCGGAAACUGGCGUCGGGGGUAUCAAAUGCAAAAGUGUCUGGGUCUGGAAGAAUGCUAACUUGUCAUGCUAAAUCUGAAUCAUGUCAAAAUCUGUGUUGCAUGAUUGCCAAAAGCUGUCCACUUUUGACCUAAUCGAGAGGCAGUUUCUCAUGCGGAAUAGGCAUGAUAACACUCUCACAGAGUCUGUCAUGCUAUGUCCUACAUACCAGACCUCAUGGGUCAUGGAAAACCUGCAUGACAAGCCUGCAUUCUUCCAGACCCAGACAUUUUUACAUUUGAUAGGGGGAAACCAGUCACGAUUUCGUCAUGCUGGGGGAGCUGAAGCCGGAGCUGCACACGUUUCCCGUGCUGAAACAGGCGGCAAGUAUGGGAAUGUUUGAUGAGAUCGAGACUUUAUCGUUGUGCUUGUGGUGCGUGAAUCUUAAUCUUUGCUGAUUGAGACCGACAAAGCCAGGCAUGAUUUUGAAAUACUAUGCUAUCCACAUAAAAUUUCUCCUCCUCCUCCAAAACGCAUUUUUUUUGCAUUGAAAAAUAUCAAAAGUUCGGGCAUCGAAAAAAAAAAAACUCAGGUAUGACCACGAAGCGCAUGCUGAUCUCAUGCGUGUGAGUUUAUCUGCUGUCUGUGUUUAGUUGUGCCCCUAGCUAUCAUCUUAACUAGCUACAGUGUCUGGUAGGUGUAGGUGGACGACGCCGCUUCGAGACUGUACAUCUGCGACUGGGUCUGCUGAUGCCCUCUGGCCCCAUCAAGCGUCGCGACAAGCGGCUCGCUUGCCAUCUCGUCUUCAAAAAGCACCGGCCUGGAAGCCAGAGUCUGGUGGUCAAUUUCGUCCUCGGGGAUCUCGGAUUUCAGGACUUGCAGCUGGGCCUGGUAUGGUCUUGCCCGCAGGCGCCGGAGUGCCACCAAAGCGACCGGCUUGCACUUUACGUUCCACAGAGCGGUCUCCAUGUCGCCCUGCCAUCUUGUGGCGACAUGGGAGGAGAGGGAAUGACCUGGGAGUUGAUUGGGAAAAAUUGAUGCGGUGAUGCAAUGUCGCUACUUUUAGCCGUGGCCUUAUCUCUGCAGAGGUGGUUGGCGAAGGUUGAUCCAGCUUUUUUUUCAUGGUAAGCCCACAGUUGAGAACGAGCUCGCUUUUGGAGUGGAGGAUAAAUUUAGCACGAGCGAACUGCCAUAAAAAAAUUGAAAAAAAUUUAUCCUCCGCGCUUUUUCUAAAAGAAAAUCGAUAAAAAAGUAGUGGAGGAUAAAUUUUUUUAAGGCCGUUAGCUCGUGCCAAAUUUAUCCUCCACUCCAAAAGCGAGCUCGUUUUCAACUCAAAAAAUCCAAAACAAAAAAGCUGAGCCAACUUUUUCGACCAACCCCGAGACCCUUUUCUCGUGAAGUUGUUUCGUGUCCGUCCUCGUCAGCGAGCUAUCGCAGGCGAGGCGAGGCGCGGCACCUGCAGAUGCGCGGUAGCGGAUCCGCGCAGCAGAUAUUUUUAUUUAUUGUUGUGCGUGCAGUCAUAUAAGACGCUAAAUUAUGGGAUUGGAUGCGACACAGUCUAGGGCACUCAAAAGUGAAUCAACUCCAAUACUCGCGCGCAGCGCCUCGAGGGUCGACGCCGAGCCAGCUGCUCUGCGUGUUUCUUCUAAAUGAAAAAGCGCUUUCUCGCACUCUCGCAUCAAGCGUUGCGACAUGGCUUAGGGCCAGCGACGCUGCUCAGCCGGGAAUAGCUGCCUCCGAUGGUGGCGCUGGGUUCCUGUGUGCAAAUCCUACCAGAAGCUCUAGCUUAGUUAACAUAGAGAAGGGACACUAAGUACAUAGGCUUUUGUAACAUGGUGAUGAUAGCUACAUGACUUUGCUAUGCAUAUUGCAGGAAGACUACAAAAUUUUUUGAAAUUCAUUUUGUUUUUUUUGUUUUUUUUGUUUUUUUGCAUGGAAAAAAAUGGCAUUUUGGAGGAGGAGGAGAAAUUUUGUGUGGAUAUAUGCCUACUACAGUAAAUGCAUGUAUAGUACAAUGCUGGUGCGCAUCCGCAUGCGCAAUUCGUGAAAUAAUGGCUCGUCACCUUCUAAUUCACCCAAAAAACUUCUUUCUCUAUUCCAGUCGAGACCGACCGGCGCAAGGAGUUUCAGUUCGGUCCCGACCAGUUGGACCUGUGCCGGCGGUACAUUCCCUCCGCGGUGUUCAAGCAAAUUGCGGGCGGCACGCUGCAGUACGUGAACGAGAUGCGAAACAUGAGCGUCAUCUUCAUCAACGUCCAGGGCAUCGAUGUGGCCACCGAGGACGGCAGCCAGCAGGCCGACCUCUUGAUGAAAGGCGUGCAGAGGUGUUGCAACGCGCACGAGGGUACGCUGAACAAAUUCCUCGUGGACGACAAGGGCAUGCUGUUUCUGCUCUGUUUCGGACUGCCACCACUCGUGCACAAGGACGACGCGUAUUAGCUUUACGAUUUGGAAGAUGUUGCUUGUCGAAAAAAGAUUUUUUUCACAGAUUUGAAGCAAGAAAAAUAAAAUAGAAGGCAUGCGUCAUGCCGUUUGCCGUGCGCCACCAUCUAUAGCUCCUGAGCCACGUGGUCACACGUUGGUACCCAUACUGCAAAAUGAUCCCAAAAAAGAAUCCGCGCCAUCCUUUGCUGCAUGGACAUCCGGAAGGUGAUGAUCAAAAUGAACUUGACCGCCCGUUUCGGCGUGACCACCGGUCGCAACUACUGUGGCGUGGUCGGGAGCGCCAGCCGCAUGGAAUACACGGUUUUGGGGGACAGUGUCAACCUCGCGGCGCGACUGAUGGCCAACGCCAAGCCGCAGGGCAUUCUCGUCGGGGAACGGACCUACGAACUGGCGAAGUCGGAGCUCGACUUCAACAUUCUGGAAAAAAUCAAGGUGAAGGGAAAAACCGCGUUGAUCCCGAUCUUCGAGCCGCGUUUGCAGCAGCCCAAGCCGGUGCUGGGACUGUGUCCGAAAAGCAAGAAGUUGCACCUACCCUGGCUAGUGCAGUCGGAACUUGUCGGGGGCACGAACAAGUUGCUGAAGGUGCAGAACUGGCGCGAGUACAUCAUCUGCCAGCGCCUACUCGACGAAACCGACCGACCCGUGCCAGCGGUACUAGAACUAAAGAUGCAUAAUAUCUAGAAGCCACCAGGGGUGUGUAGUGUAUGUGGCAUCACAUCGUCAUGCAUAAAAUGAUUGCAAUGGCCAUUGACUGAGGACUUGACCAAAAACAGGGAAUCAGGACUAAAAAGACAACUUAUGAAUAAGCCUGAUCGAUUUUUAGUUUUUCAUCCUGACAGGCCUCGAAGUCGAGCGGGCGUCCGUUGGCCGACGUGGACAACAUCUUCGAAGCCCGGGCGGCCAUCUAUGGGGUUCUCAAACGUUACAUUCUCAACUGCUACGUGGAUUUGUAAUACAAGAACGGCAAAAGCGAAAGGGGGAAGAUUGCGCUUUUUGCAUUACAACAGGUUUGGCGCAGAGUCUCAGGCUAUCUAGCGAGUCAGUGACUUGUCAUGCGAAGCAGCUUGGUCAUGUAGAUAUUGCUGGCACUUCCGCAUGACAAAUUCAUGCAACGCUUGAGAAUGUAACAUUUGAGAACUCCACACCGUCGGGUUGGACACCAAGCACACGACCACCAUCGGGCAUGCGCAGCCCGCCGCGGAAGAAACGAAAGAAUUCCCGGACGCGGCCCAGCAAAUCGAGCGGCACCGGGUCUUCCACGACGGGGGGCCCAUGAUCGUCUUCGGCGGGUUCGGACUCGGGAAAACGGAACUCGCAGAGUACGUCGUGCACGCGGCCACGGAAAAAUUCGACCUGUUGCCAAUCGUGGGCGCCGGAGGAGUGAGGCCAGGUACUAGACUGAAAAUUUUUGGGAUUUAUUUGAUAUAAAAAUUUCUAAACGUCGUACUACAGUACAUUCAGUUGCGAGUCUCAAGGCUCACCUAGCACUCCCAGCGUAGAAGUACAGAAGAUUUUUGCAAGGAUUGUUCAUCUUCAUAUGAUCUGAGCAGGCAAGCACCGAUGAGCUGCUUCUACUGCACUGCAGAGAUGAACGACAACUGAUCUGUUUUCUACUACCGUAAAUCAAAGGUGAACUCGGGCGUGUUUUUUCCGACAUCCUUCGUUCGAUCUGCUCCAUUUUUCGUUCGACCGACCACACUUUUCCCGCGGACUCGGACUUCCAGUGCCUCGAAAGAAUCAUCAAGGAACACUUGGUUGAAACUUCUACGUCUGCAACUUCUGGCUACACCUCCAGUCCUUCCGGAACGAAAGGAACAAAUGCUAAAUUCUCGUACAACAACGACGUGCACGAUGAACAGUGGUACAAGAAGGUCCUGGACUGGCUGCCCCGCGUCCUGUAUGCACUGCAAAAGUAUUGUACUCGUACUAAUUGCAGUUAUGCAUUACAAAUUUCUUUUGCAAGCUAAAUCAGCAUGACAAAUUCCACUUGUCAUGCUGAGCUAAUUUGUAUUGCAAUACUACGAGUGCGAUACUUUUGCACUGCAUAUCCUGGGACCCCCAUGGAUCCACGACAGCGUUGUCGCGGAACAAGCGUCCAAAGGCGAUGGUAAAAACGAGGACGAGGAGCUGCUGAUCAUCGGGAAGACGUUGACAAUAUCCUGUGCAAAAGUAUCGUAUCAUGCAUGAUAGCAAUUACUACGGAUACUAAAAAACGGGAUAUUUGUCAUGCCAUGACAAAUAUCCCGUUUUUGGUGAAUCAGCAUGAAAAAUUCCAUUUUCCUUUAUGGAAAAAUGAUUUGUGAUGCGAUUUAUACUACCACUAGUACGAUACUUUUGCAAUGCAUAAACAACGUUCGAAGAGGAGGACGACCCCAGUAUGCACGGAAAGUACGAGGUAUCCACAAAAAAACAACCAUCCCCAUCCAAUUUGUCAUGCAAAACAUGUAUGAAGUUGACUUGAAAUCCUGUGUUCGUCAUGCAUAAAUUGGAUAGGGAUGGUUCUUUUUUCCUGGAUACGAGGAUCUCACCUCCCUCAUCGUCGCGCUGGUCCGCUUAUCCAGUGUAAAUAGGUCUGUGUGUGGACAAGUGAAACUUGUAUUGCGUCUUUUGGACUCCUGUAAAAACGUAAAAUCUGUAUUGCAUGAUCAACAAAAAGGAGCCUUGUCCUGCAAAAGCACAGUUUCGAAUGCGCGCUACGCAUCAAGAGGAAGCGUCCUCACAAUUUGUCAUGCUUGGCUGCAUGCUGGAGUGUGCUCAAUCAUCUGCGCUCAGCAUCACAAGUUUCCAGGAGACCCAGACACAUUUGCAAUGCAUACCGCAAACUGUUGCAGGAGAAAUCCGUCGUGGUAGCGCUCCGCUUCGAGCGCGGCACCAACCUAUUCACCCGCACGGACGAUUCCACCUUCUGGAUGGUGGCCGGCGCGUUAUGAGAGUGCACAACUUCCACUCCCCCUCAUUUGUCAUGCACAAUACCAAAACCAAAUCCAAGCGCUGCUGCGUGAUACCGCUUGCAUGACAGAUUCCUCUUCCCCUCCCUUUGCCAGUUCCCUAUGUUGGUUUCGACCUCACGGUCGGUUUUUAUAUUGUUUAGGGUGUCUGGCAGAUUUGCAUGCGGGGGUCCUUGCCCUCUGGGAAUGAAAACUUAGCUUGCGCCCUGACGACGCGUCAUAGCGGUCCCCUGCUCUAGGCAUGCUAUGCAUACGCUCGCCACUUCUUAGGGUGGUAGAGAAAACGGAGUAGAGACGGUACAGGCAGAAGUGGAGCGACCGGUCUAGACUUAGUAGCUUAGUUUGCGCGCGUAUAGUUUUGUUUUACUGUUUACAAAAAUUACUUUAGUGUUUAGCUUGGGCUGUGGGUUCGAGACCAAGGAGACGCACAAGACCAACACUUUUUUCCACCCUGGUGGCACCUUUAGUAUCAUUCUGGCCUUUCUUUGUCAUGUCCUGUUCCGUUUUUCUGUGUUUGUCAUGCAUUUUUUCACCCAGGCCCGCCCUGGUGCUGUUGCUAGUUUUCGUGGUUCUCUCUGUCACCACGCCCGGUUUCGUUGGCCACUUGCAUGCAAGUCCUAGUGUGUUGUCUUCACACGCACGCUUUCGUGUUUAGGACACCAUUACUGAUACUACUGGUGCUACCACCUUUAGGGUGUUUUUGUUUCGACGUAGGGGGGACUGUGUCUUAGUAGCGGUUUUCAUCGUUUCUUACUUUUUCUUUUAAUCCCUCGGUGCUAGGAAAAGUUUUUGUUCAGGGCUAUUUCUAUCCAGAUAUUCACACAGCUUCCGUCGCGGCCGUCCCAGACGCUGUUGUGUUUGUCUUUCGAUAGAAAUCGCGUUGUCCAGAGAUUUCUUCUAGAGUUUACCGAGUAUGAGGCUACGGCUUGUAAGAAUAGUUUACGAGGGGACGCCCAGCCCUUAGCCUUCCAACAUGACAGAUUCCGCAAGCCCAAACAGUACUACACUAGGCGCAUCAACUUGUCAUGCGCAGGCUCCGCAGGUGGGGCUGUCUGUAUUGCUGUUCAUGCAAUACAAAUGAGGGGGAGGUGGAGUUGUGAACUGUCAUACGCGUUGCUCGAACUGUACAAGGAAUUACGGGAGCAGCGGUACGACGUGGGUUCGGGGGGCGCCGGGGGUGCUAAUGCAGGAGUCGGUGGGGUGAAGAGCAAUCCGCGGUCCUUAGGUGGAGCAGGGGCCGCCGCUACGACGAACUACAACUUCGGGACCAACUCCACGGGACUUGCGUCCAGCGGUGGAAAGAACGACACGGUGAAUUUCAAAAACAACGCGAACAACAACAAACCAAGCCACAAUUUGACCAUCGUGCUGUGUGUACGCGACCGAAAAACGAUCCCAGGCUACGAGCGGGUAAUGCAGCACUUCGUCAAGGAAACGAGGCAGACGGGGGUGUGGCUGGACACGCAGGGAUUUGGCGAGAAACUUGUCGGGGAAUACAUGUCCAUCGAAUUGAACUGCCCCCAAGAAAACAUACCAAUGCCACUAGUACUUAUCGUGCUUUUGUUGAUGUUGAUGAUCAUCAGACAUCAUGACAAUUGGUGCCAUCAUUGAUUUAGGUGCUAGGUUUUGCAUGAGAAGGAGAAUGACUGCUGGUACUAGUGAUUGAUUGCGAAGAACAACUUGAUGAGGGGGGCGUACCACGCGAACAAAUGCUAAAUGUAGGAAAAUCCAAAAAAUCGUGCAUGAUCUAUCAGGUAAAGUACAUUUCCGACAUUACGCUGGGCAACGCGUUAUUCGUUCGCGAGGCCAUGGCCAUGCUCCAGCUCUACGGCCACAUGCAGCUGCACGACAAGAGCGCCAACGCCAGCGGGAAAUUCGUGACCUGCCAGGAGAAUCUGGACGAAACGGUGGAAGUUGCCGGGUGGCCAAACACCUUUAUGAUCGGGUCCGUGCUCGCAGUCAUCGAGUCGCUGGACCCUCUCCCCGCCUCGAUUGUGAAGAUGGCUGCGGUCUUUCGGUCGGCGUGGACCAUGGCUGACAUUCUUGCCUCUGCCUGUCCCCCCUGGAGCGGGCAAGCGCGGUUUGAGGCUUUGCGGCAGUUUUUGGCCUUGACGCAGCUGGUAGAAAUGGACAUUGUGGAGCCGGUCCCGCUCGUGCCGAAUGCUAACAGUACGUCCGCAAGCUCCUCUUCCGGCGGCACCGGGAGUCAGAACAGCCAGAAGCAAACUGGGCUUGGAAUAUCAGAUGCAAAAGCAUCGUACUAGUAUGAAUUGCAUUACAAAUUGACUUAGCAUUUUUACAAAUGAAAUUUGUAUAUGCUGUUUUACCUUGGGAGCGAGCAUUUGUCAUGCAUAACAGCAAUACUACGAGUGCGAUACUUUUGCAAUUCAUAUGGAAACUUCAUCAGCAACAUUGGGCACGGCACCAGCUCCUUAAUUUUGAGCAGCACUGGGCGGGGUAGCUCCAAGGAACGGUCGAGCUCGAAGGACCGGGGCUCGUCCGGGUCUCAGGUACGGAGUUCCAUCGGGAAUGUCAACCAGGAAGUGCUCAACCAGGUGCAUAAGGAGGACGGGGCUGAUGUGUUGGGAACACAACGAGAAGGCGAUGAGGAGAAUAAUCUUCACGGGGGUUCUUCAGCCCAAAUGGCAAAUGUAAAUCGCCCAGCACCAGGUGCUGCUGUUGCAACCGGCGAUACUGGUACAACCAAAAACUCCUCUUCCACCUCUCAGCACCAGAACAAUCAUUCGAACACAACUACGUCAGCCUUCGCGUCCUUGCAUCAGCAUCACGACCAGCAACACAGCAAUAAAUCCGCCCCAUCUCCGAAGGCGGCCACCCGGGGAAGCUUCUCGUUAGAGCGAGUGGUGCACAACAUUACGCACCCCGGCGCGAGCGCGGGAGCGGGCGCGGGACCCGCGGGGGAACAGGCGGACCAGCACGAGUAUGCGGGGCCCUUCCGGCUGUCCAACACGUUGGUCCGGAAAGUUGCGGGGAGUAUGGUUUUGGAAGCGCAGAAGCGGGGCGUGAAGCGCCAGGCUUUGAUGGACCGCACGCUGAACCGCGACUUGCCGGCGCGACUCGAGGCCCUCCGCCAGAAGAAAGCCAUCCCGCACAUCCCCUGGUACUACCAAAUCGAACUCCCCAGGAAUCUCGUCCGAGGCAGCAGCGUCGGACCACUCGUGGGAGUGGACACGAUAUCCUGUGCAGAAAUAUCGUGGUCGUUGUACUAGUACGUGAGAUCAUUCGACGACGUAGUAGUAGUGCAAUCAUGCACGGCAAAGGAUAUAUCCUUCCUGAACUAAAUCUGGAAUUUGUCAUGCUGACCAACUUUUUAAAUGCACUCUAAAACUACUAGAAGUACGAUACUUCUGCAAGACUUGAUACGUGAGUGGUAUGAGCGGCGGCAAUACGGGAAUAAGUGACCAGCAGUACAACCAGCUGCACAUGCGAGGAGGCGGUGCGGACCACCGGGGGCCCGCCGGAGGCAAGAUCUCGAGCAAGGAACUGGCCCGGGCCCAGUCGCAGGCACUGUUGCAGAACGCGGAGCAGCUGGGGGCGGCAAUGGACCAGCAGAAAACCUUACUGCAAUCCGCGUGAAAGUAGGACCAGCAGUGUAUGGCCACGAAUGGAAAUUUAUUUGAUUUACACAUGUUGACGUUUUUCAAGAACGACAACAUCAACAUGUUGCAAAGUUGUAGUUGUAAAAGUUAAAGUCGUUUCGAUGCAAAUACAAAUAGAUUUAUGGAUUAGACCACCGAAAAUAAGCUGAACAAAGUGAAGUCAUCAAAACCUGUACUAAGAGUCUUGAGCUUUCAUUUGAUUUUAACCGGCGAAGGGUUGAACAAGAACAGCAUACCAGGUACAGAGAUCGUACACACGACGAAGAAUCAGCUAUAAUACGCGAAAUACUUGCAAUUUUAUCCAGGGUAGAGUACCAGUACAAAGAUAGGAGUCCAUUUUUUAUGCAAGCAGAAGCAUAUCAGAGAACCAAACAGUCCAAGUCAUAAUUUUCUGCUAGAGGUGGAGACACGGGCGUGUCGGCUCACCUAAACCAGGGUCUUCAGUUUGGGUGCGCUGUGGCGUGUCGUCUUCACACAGCGUCUUCAUAAAUCUCGACUUUCUUUUGUUUUCAAAGUGUUGUGGUCCUUAGGAUGUUUUAAGUCUUCUCCUUGAUGACGUCGGCGUCUGAAGCAUCACUUGUUUGCGCACUAACGGCAUCGCUUCGUCAUCAUGUUGACACGCGGAGUGUGACGAGAUGAAGCUGCACCUGUACUGCGUGUCUCUAUUUUUUAAGUAACAGUAAGUAGUUCGUUGUUUCUAACUCUAACUCAAUUGGGCUAUUGUUCAAGGCAGAAGUGUCUUGGUUUUUUAUUGUUCAUAGAAUCCACUCCGCUUCUUAGCAUGGUUUCCUUCUCGUAUGCACAUAUUUGAGUCUCUAUGAAGCAUUUGUGAAGGUGGCUGGAUGGUUCUCAGGAGAACCGAUAUCGAUGCUGGAACCUCGGUGGUCAUGGUCAGUUUCUCAAGCUCUAUCACGUAACAAAUGCGAUCGACGCGAAGAAAGCGAUUCACGACUCCAACCCCGACGUCGACCUUGAUUAUAUGCAGAUCAUGUAAACUGUACCACUUUUUCCGCCUUUUUUCUUGGUUUUAACAUUCUAAUUUUCAUCUCAUUGACUGUGAGUAGUUGCGACGUUCGUGCCGAACUGAUAACGUCCUAAACGUAUCAGCGAGGCGCAAGAAAGGCGUUAGACCUUAUAUUCAUUGGCGGCUCGUCGUAUCCUACUGUAGUGUGUAACAUUAUUUUUGCACAAACAGUUGUAUAGUAGCCGGAGAAAAAAAAGACGUAUUACCAUGGUAAUAUUUUUCCACUAGCACUUGCUACAGAAGAAAGAUGAAAAUGAAUGUAAUGGUAUGGCAAAAAAGGAGGCCAAAGCCGGUGCGUUGUUGAGGUAGUAACCUCCGCUUCAUCUGCUUCUGCAUCGUCCUCCAGGAGCUAAUCGCAUUUCAUAUUUUGCUGCAGCAAACCGAAGCUCCUACCGAAUGAUGAAAAGAUAAAGAUUACAAAAUUUACGAACUCACAUUGAAGAGAAUUACUGCCCACAUGCACCUGUGGCUAAUAUGAAACUGAAUGCAAUCAAUCGUAAAAGUACAAUGUAAGUCUAAGUAUCUUUCACACGACACCAGCACUCCACCACAUGGUCAUGAUGACGAACGAGAAGUCUGCUGCUUUCAUGAAUGCACAACUGCGCUUUGACUUGAUCACACUCAUUGCUUCCAGGUGAAGCUGAAAAACGAAGGACGAGAAGAAAGUGCACUGACAAAAAGCAAAAAUGUCUUUUCAGGCCCCCGUGUCGACCGUGAUGUUGCUGGGUUCGUCGGCUCGUGUAUUGAAGUAUUUGGGUUUUUUUCGUCAGUUUUUUUCCAUCGUUAUUUUCCUCGACAUUCCUUGUGUAAUCUGUUCCUUUUGUUCUUUACGUGGUCCUUGUUC